AUGAAUGCUCAGGGUUUAGGUGCUGGGUACCAUGAUAACACCUGGCAGUGGCAGGAUCCCAGCUGGGGCUGGGAAGAAGGCUAUUGGGACUCCAGCUGGUCAGGUGUCGCAGGCGCUGCAGGUGCCUGGGAUGGCUGGUGGAGCCAGGACGCAGUUGCCUGGCCAAAUGCCGAUCUUGGGCCCAAGACUGUGGAGGAUGAGCGGAACGCGCAAAUUCACUUCACGAAGACUUACCAGGUGCUUUCAGAAGCGAUCGAGAAGCACCCGGCGGCUUUCAAAGAGAAAACAGCUUUUAUGGAUCUAGGCUGCGCCCCUGGUGGCUUUUCGCAGCGCAUGUUGGAGGAGUUGGGCGCCAUGGGUCAUGGCUAUGGCAUCACGCUCCCAUACCAGGCUGGCGGCUUUCCCAUGCUCUUGCAUGACCUGCGCUUUCAUAUCCAGGUUUGCAAUCUCAUGGAAAUACAGAGGCCGAAAGAUCUUGAAUGCCCGGAACCCGUGGAUGUGAUCAUGGCAGAUGCACAGGACCUGAGUUAA